UACCGUGCACUGAACUGUCCAAGAUCCAACCUGCAGGCUGCAACUGAUCCUCGCCUAGGGUCCACAUUAAGAAAUGGUUCAGAUCGCACAGGAUAUAUCAGCGAUGGCAGAGUAGUUAGGUGUUACCGUGCUUUUGCCCGUACCAGAUUCGGGCGGGGUCCACCCGCGACCGGCACAUCUAUCUGCUCUUCUGUUUGCUCUUAUAAUUUGGAAGAAGAAGAUGGCAAUGGCAAGCAUUGGAUUGGGUCCUUGGUUCCACAAGAAGAUCGUCGAUCCUCUUCUCCAAAUCCUCCGCAGGGGUGCUGAGCCGAAGCAACUGGCAUUCUCUGCUGCUCUUGGCAUUACCUUGGGAGUAUUUCCAAUAUGUGGGGUCACUGUGUUUCUAUGUGGGAUGGCUAUUGCAUUGCUUCAAUCUCGUUGCCAUGCUCCAACUGCAAUGCUGGCAAACUUUAUUGCUACUCCAUUAGAGUUGAGUCUGCUGGUACCCUUCUUGCGCCUUGGUGAAACUAUCUCUGGUGGACCUCAAUUUCCAUUGACAUCUGAUGCUCUGAAGAAGGUCUUAACUGGGCAAGCUUCGCGUGAAGUCCUCCUAAGUAUAGCUCAUGCGUUGUUGGGAUGGCUUGUUGCAGCGCCCUUUAUCUUCGCCACGCUGUAUGUGACAUUCUUGCCGUGUUUUAAGUUCUUGGUUCACAAGUUCAACCCUGUUCCUUUAAGCCCAAAGAAACCACUUCAUUCAAGCUCCGAUAUCAGGCUCAAGGUAAGGGAUGUCUGACUAACUAUUUGUGUCUUUCAUCCCAUCAACAGGAGCAGUGACAUUUGUUUCUAACCUAAUACUUGUACAUAGAACACUUUUAUGCUCAAGAUGCACAAAGACGUUUGUAUCAGUGUCACGCUUGUUGUAUCAAGUAGUGUAGCCAAGGCAAUAUUUGGAUAAAAACUAAUGGAAGUAUGAAGUCUAUUCACAAUUAUGACAGGAAACGGAUGAAACUCUCUCUAUUGCUUAGCACCACCUAUUUCAUCGAAUUGUUCGUUGAAUUAUUGGUGUGCUUUCGAGUUGGAUACAGGCUGAGAUUCACAUUGUAAUGGUGUUUUGAAACACACUAGAAUGGAUCAUAGCCUUGAUAGAUACAGGACCGAGGAGCUGCCUGCUCUUUUCUACCCAUUGCUGGUCGUGGGAUCACAAGAUAUAUUAGUUUUUCAAUUGGGUUUUUCACAUCAAACUCUGCUUGUUAUUUAGAACUUCAAUGAUAUUAUAUAGGUUUCUUUUAACAUA